UGGUAGAGAUUGGCAUUGUUGGCCGGUAUUGGUCGGUACUGGCCGAUAUAUAAAGGCCUGUGAAGUAUCUUUCGUUCCAUAACUGUCUGCUUGACCCCAUUGGAGAUGACGAACAUUCUCUUCGCUUUCGUUUUUGUGGGUGCACUUUGCAAUUCAGUCGGCAGAGAAUGUGGAAUAAGACCUGAAGGCGAAGCGAAAAGAAUCGUUGGAGGUCAAACGAGUGAACCUGGGUCAUGGCCUUGGCAGGUUGCGCUGUUGAUAAACGACACACAGUUCUGUGGUGGUGUAUUGAUCUCGCCUGAAUGGGUAGCUACUGCGGCGCAUUGCUUUCAUGACAGUUAUUCAUCAACAAAUCGUGAUCACUGGACGGCAGUGCUUGGAGAACACAAACUCCAGGAAAAAGAAGUUUUCGAGCAGAUUAUCGACGUGAAGGCUAUCUACUUACAUCCACUUUACAAGUCUAUGUUUCUUGAAGGAAUCUUUGAUACGCCGCCUGAUUUUGAUAUCGCUCUGGUUCGUCUGGAACGGCGUGCAGUCCUAGACAGGUACGUAUCACCCAUCUGUUUGCUACCACCGCGAAAGACCUUCCCCUGGGGCAAGUCCUGCGUCAUCACUGGAUGGGGACACACCAGAUGGAAUGGUACCAAACCAGAAGCUCUGAAUGAGGCCGAGGUCAAUCUUGUCCCCACAUGGGUCUGCAAUGUUGCGAAUUCCUACAACGGCACCAUCCAUGAAAGAGCGCUGUGCGCUGGCUUCAAGGAAGGAAAGGUUGACGCAUGUCAGUAUGACAGUGGCGGACCGCUGGUUUGUAAAGAUGAAGGACGCUGGUACUUAACAGGUUUAGUGUCGUGGGGACAUGAGUGCGCACGUCCCCACAAGUAUGGUGUUUAUAGCAAUUUGCAAGUGAUGACACCUUGGCUUCUUCGUCAAAUGGAGAAGCACACUGCUUAUCCCUGGCUAAAAUGAAUUAAUCUACAUCAGUGAAAAACGUCUGCGCAUGCUCACAGUCUCUAUGCAAAUAAGACGAAAACGUCUUUGUUCUAUUGUAAAACAUAUGCAAAUCAAUUUGACUUUCGAACUGACAAAUUCCCUAAAACUUUAACUCAGUUAUCGAAACUUAAGGCUAAUUCUUUGAUAAUACAGUAUUUUACAGUAUACUCACGAAUUUUUAAAAUCUAUUUGGAGAAAACAAGCAUUUCUUUUCAUACUGAAACACUCUUGAAUCGAUGCUUUGCACCAUCACUUGAUGGCAGCCAUGACAGGGGGCAGGAAAAAAUGAAUCUAGUCUGAUCUGAUUUACAUGAGAAAAAAUUCAGUUUCUUGAAAAAGAGUGUUAUUGUACCUCCUGCCAUCACGUGAUGGACCAAAGCCUCUGUUCUUGGAAAACGUGCUGAAAUGCAGGCACGCAUGCGUAGAUGUUUUUCGCUCGUGUCGAACAAAUAUAGUUUUCUUUGUUUCCUUAUGUUAGAGCUGUUUGCAGCUUUCUAUUGAAUCCACACCUUCUGUAUGUGGGGAUUCCUUUUUUCAUCGCACCUUCUGUUAUGUCUAGAUUUCUGUUGCAUCCACACCUUCUGUAUGUUGGAUUCCUUUUUUCAUGGCACCUUCUGUAUGUCUAGAUUUCUGUUGAAUCCACACCUUCUGUAUGACUAGAUUGCUAUUGCAUAAACACCUUCCUAGAUUACAGACCCUUGUAAAUUUGAUUGGUGGAAUCCAAGUUACGAACAAGACGCCAACGUCUAUGAGCUGUCUUUUUAGUUUAGUUAGUCUUUUUUAAUGACUGAUAAUGCCACACCCUUCAUCACUUUUUGAUCGAGAAUCGAGUUGGUAUAUGGCGUCAGCAACCGUGCUCUGUCCAUUCAUAUAACACAGUUAUCGAAUAAUCGCAGCGCUCAUACUAUCUAGACUAUUAAAUAAAUCUAAAGAGAUACUUCACUCUAGAAUCGAGUUGGUAUAUGGCGUCAGCAACCGUGCUCUGUCCAUUCAUAUAGCACAGUUGUCGACUAAUCACAGCGCUUAUAAUAUUAUAGCCUAUUAAAUAAAUCUACAUAGAUACUUCACUCUAUAAUAGGGGUCUUGUUAAAUUUGUGCGUGGUUAACGGAAUUACUUAGCUGCCAAAAUUCUCAAUGAAUAUAAUACACCGGGUAGAAAAGUCA